AUGCUUGAAGAAGAUGAUUUUGAUGCAUAUAUAUUAAAUCGUUUAUCAGAUAUUAUUCAUUUACUUCUGGUUACAUACACAGAUUCAUAUUUGAUUUGUUUUGACACAUUAAUACCAUAUUUUUAUGGACUUAUACAACUAAUACGUUCAAUAUCAGAUCAUCAGUGGGCAUUAUGUGUAUUUGAUGAUAUCAUACAAUUUACUGGUGCACAUUCACAUUGUUAUGCAUAUUUUUUUCUUUCAUGUAUGACUGAAAAUCUUGUUGACUCAUUACCUGAAACUCGUCAAGCAACUGCAUAUGGAUUUGAUGUAAUGGGAAUGAAUGAUGGUCAGGUUUAUGCACGUGCAUGUGCUGAAGUAUUUCCUCGUUUAUUUGCAAUGAUUGGAACAUCAGAUAGUCGUGUACCAGAAAAUAAUACAGCAACUGAAAACACAAUUAGUGCAGUUACUAAAAUAUUUAAAUAUAAUAAUUUAUGUGUGGAUAAUCUCAUUAAAUUUCAUCAAGUUUGGUUUUUUUGGCUUCCUGCUCAUGAAAACACUGAAGAAAUACCAUAUGUUUAUGGUUAUUUAUAUGAUUUAAUUGAAUCAAACAAUCCGGUGAUUAUUGGACCAAAUAAUUCGAAUGUACCGAAUGUGAUCAAAUUAUUUGCUAAUGCAUUCGCUGAAUUAUCGAAUGAAUUAAACUCAGUUGUUGGUCAACGUAUGGUAUUCAUUUUACGACAUGUUCAAAUAAUUCCAUCGAUUUUUCAAAUAUAUAUGAAUGCUUUAACAGAUGAAAAACGUUAA